AUGCGUGCCUUCAUUGUUAUGUGCUUGGUGGCAGUCGCCUGCGCCGAUAAGCUCGGCUACAACUACCAGCCCGUGGGUCACUCCGGCUCCGGCCUGUCCUUCACUCCUGGCGGUGGCUCAAUCGGAGGUGGCUCUCUAGGAGGUGGCUCUCUGGGAGGUGGCUCUCUGGGAGGUGGCUCCAUUGGAGGUGGCUCCAUCGGAGGCGGCUCUAUCGGCGGCAGCAUCGGCAGCGGUGCCGGUCUUGGCAGCCUUGGCAGCCUUGGCGGUGGCAGCGACUCCCUGAGCGCCCCCGUCUCCUACAACGCCCCCGCCCCCGCCGCCGAACUGGAGAAGGAGUUCUUCACCUUCACCGCCAACGAGCAGGACUUCGAUGAGCCCCAGCAGCUGGAGCGCGUCUCCUCCGCCCUGAACAAGGCCCUGCGCGUCGUCUUCAUCAAGGGACCCGAGAACCGUGGCCUGGAGAACGCCGCUCUGGCUCUGGCCAAGCAGGCUGCCCAGCAGGAGACCGCCAUCUAUGUCCUGAACAAGCAGGCUGACAUCGGAGAUCUGGCCAGCAAGUUGAACGCCAUCCGCAGCAACAACAACAACAAGCCCGAGGUCCACUUCGUCAAGUACCGCACCCAGGAGGAUGCUGCCAACGCCCAGCGCGCCAUCCAGUCGCAGUACGACCAGCUGGGAGGCUCCAGCCAGGCCGUCAACGGUGGUGUUGCCCCCGUCCUGAACUUCGCCUCCGCCGGUCCAGUGCGUCAGGCCACCGCCCAGUCGCCCGACAACUCCUACCUGCCCUCCUCCGUCUUCCGUCGCGUCUAA